ACGUGACUUGAAGAAAUAGAACCGAAAUUAAUGCAGGCUCAUCACUUUACUAGCGACUAGUAAAGGAAGGAAGCUGAUGUAAUUUGCUGGGAGUGUGUGGUGAAUCGGCGACUAUAUAUUGAGGAACCAACCAGUAGUUAGCCAUUCGUGUCCAACCAGUCGUAGCGAGUGUCCGAAGCAUCGAUUCCUCGAAGUGGAAAUUUCAUUUUCUCGUGCAGUGUUGAAGAACUUUACGGAAGGUUACAUAUAUUUUCCCUGUUAUUCAAAGGAAGUCAGGCCAAGCCAAAAUGAGAUCGCUAAAGAUUAUCAUUCGCGUUGGAACGCUACAGAAUAUUUUCCUGUUACACGGUGAAGAAGUUUGCAAAACCAUCAACGAGGUGAAGCAGUUCUGCUUUUCCCGGUUUCCGCAUUUGGAACAUGAUAAAAAUCUACGGAUGUUCUGGAUCGAUCAAGACUUUGAUGAGAUAUGCGUGGUAACUGAUGGCGAUUAUUCGAGCUUCAUGCUCGCGGAGGAAACUGAGAAAGGUCGUCUGUACGUCGAAGGAAAUGAAAUGACGGAGCGAGAUGCAUCGCAUCCGCAGGUACAAAGUGCAUCGGCACCCGACGUUUAUGGCAGUCGUCCGCAGCACACCAACGUUGUCUGCGAUGUUUGCGACCAAAUGAUUGUUGGCCACCGAUACCGAUGUCUUAUGUGCCACGAUUAUGAUCUGUGCAUGACUUGCGAGUCGAAGUAUCGGCACAAGGAUCAUAUUAUGCUACGAAUUCCACGCGCGACAGAUAGCCGGCAGAUGCACUCGGUGUUUGAGAAGAUGGAGUUUUAUGCGGGACUGCUGAAACUAGAAGAAGAAAAUCCAUCGCAGGUACCACUGGUUGACGAUGGUGUUUCUGGUACUCCUCCUACUGCGGAGAAAAGCGAAGAGCGGACUAAUCCGCAAGGUAAUGGGCACCGCCGUCAACCAACAUUCUGUCAACGUAUGGGAAGAGGAAAUUUCGCAGCGAUGCGCACAGCUAAUGCAGCAGCAUCGGCGAUGGCGCAGGAUCGUGCGCAAGCCAGGUUCCGGGAGGUAUUGUCUCGCUAUAUCGAUCCGGCUAAUAUCAGUGGCCCCGCCGCUUCAUCGGCUGAUGCAGCUCCUUCCCCCUCGACGACAGCACAUGAGGAAGUGCUAACCGAGGCACAACGAUCGCUAAAGAUCGCGUCCGAUGCCGCAAAGGUUGCUUCUGCCGCAGCGACGGCUUCGUGGAACACGUUCAUGGGAUGUGCCGGUAUGUUUGUUCCACCCGGAACUCAAAAUACCACUCCGAAACAGCCAUCGCCAACUGCAACCAAUGCUGCUACACCGUCCUCAUCGAACGGCUCGGUAGUUGCUGGUCUGGUGGAUGACGUAUUGAAACACACACCGCCAGAAUUGAAGGAGUUUAUGCCCUCCGAGGAUGAGAUCAAUCGUUUGAGCGAGAAACUGUCAAACAUGCUUAGCAGCUUAGGCAUAGAGUUCACCGGAGAAUCGUCAACAUCGUCGAGCUCGGCCAAGAAGGAAGCUGAGCAGAAUGCAUCUGAUAAGGAAAAGGAUUCCCUAUCGAGUUCGAUGAAUUCCGGAAAAGAGCAGAAACAGGAAAAGGUCGCUGCCAAUAAACCGUCGGUAGUUUCAUCCGAAGCCAAGCAACCUUUGCUGGAAACUGAUCACGUCGUCGCUAGUUCCUCGCAUGAUGAUGGAAAGCUUACCGAGGAGGAAAAAGGACAGAUAACGGAAAAUAUUGAUUGCUCAGUAGACACAUCCUCCGCCUCGAUGCUGACUGACGACGAUGACGACGUCGUCGACGCGGUGCAAGUUUCAGAGCAGAACGCAUCACCGCAAGCGUCGUCUAGCCAGCCGAAGGCACCAUGGAUUUUGGUCGAUCUUCCGGACGAUCGCGAGGAAGAGGUAAAACAGACUGUAAUCAACACAACGUCUUCGGUACCGGUUGCAUCCGGUACACCUGCCUCGUCUCCCGAAAAAGUCGAUGAUAAGCAAACACCAGAAGAAACCUCUCCUAAAGAACAACCAGAGGAGGAGGAAUUCUAUGCAAAUACUUUCAAAACGAUGAUUGAUCUGAUCAAGCAAUUGACGGUCGAUCCGAGUGGCGCAGAACAGAAAGUAUCAGAAAUGAUCGAGCGUUCCCAGACCGAGAAGAACAAACAUGCCCAGGAUGAUCGCUACAAGGCCCAUCUGGAGAAAGCGGCCAAGGAGCUCCAGAAACAUUUGCUGGAAGUCAAAAUGAAGGAGCAAAACGAACGGCAAACCGAAGCUCCCGUUUUGCAGCAGUCGGCGAAGGACAAGAAGUCCGCGCCUCAAGCUUCAACAACAGCUCGUGCAUUUUCACCCGCAACGCCUUUGCCUUCAACCUCUGCUCCGAAGACACCCAAUGCAUCCAGCAAAAUUUACAGCCCGCGACCGCACGUGAACCAAGCCAUCCAUACCAUGAUGACGAUGGGAUUCAGCAACAACGAUGGACAUCUGACACGGUUGCUCGAGGCCCUGAAUGGUGACAUUCAGCGGGCACUGGAUAUGCUGAUGCAGAACCUAUCCUAAAAUAGAUGAGUCCUUUUUUCACAAAAUUUUACAUACCGUAUUUUCCACCCGCGGGUUCACUGUUACGAAGCCCCAAGGGGAUGACAUUAUAGUAGAACCUAUAAGAUUUAUUAAUACCCCUUCCUAAUCAAUUAUCGUGAGAUGUGAAUUACGCGGAAUAGUUCUUUUUUCGUGAUAGAGGUGUGUGGAACAGGGCAAAAGAGUUAAUUGACGAUUGAACUAAGAACUAACCCCGCUAAACUCAUGAUACAGGGGAGAAUUGCAAGCCUAGUAGAAAUGUAUGCACAUGUAUAACCUUUUAGUUUUUAAUAAAAAUUUGCAUUACAUGCA